AUGGAUUUUCCAACUACAGAGAUUCAAGUUUCGCCUGCAGUGACGGCGGAUCCCAAACAUGCCUACUUCAUGCAACAGGCCUUACUGAUGGGUGAGAAGGCCUUGGAGUCGGGGGGAGACACCUGUUGGGGAACUCGACAUGCCGAAUUUCUUGCUAUCGCAGAGGUUCUACAGACCUACCCCAAGUCAAUUCUUCAAUCUACAGACCUCUACGUGACCGUUGAACCGUGUGUCAUGUGUGCGUCAGCUCUGAAGCAGUAUCGCAUUCGCAGUGUAUAUUUCGGUUGUCCUAAUGACCGAUUUGGAGGCACUGGCGGUGUCCUGUCACUUCAUUCCGACCCCUCUAUUGACCCCGCAUAUCCAGUGUAUGGAGGAUUGUUUCAUAAUGAGGCCAUUAUGCUACUCCGCCGUUUUUACAUACAAGAGAAUGAGAAAGCGCCAAACCCUCGGCCAAAGAAGAAUCGCGAGCUGAACACGAAGUUUGAAAAUGGAGGCAGUUCAACUUCGACCCCAGAUAUCAAUACCUCACUUUGA